UUUUCUGCUCUGACUUUCGUUUCUCAUCCUUGUUUUUAUCUGUAAGAAAUUUCCCAGUUUUCUUUCAUUUGUUUGAUAAUAAUCCGAUAAUUUACUGUACGUUAAUUAUGUGAAUAUUGUCUGUUCUUUGCCUGAUUGAAAUUUUUUAGCAUUCCGUUUUCCAAGAUUUCACUUUUAUCUAUUGUAAUUCGUCUAAGGUAAUGAUCCUACGUCAUGUGUAUGGUUGUUGGUCUUUUUGCAGACAAGUUUACCGAAUUUAAUGGAAAAUAACGCACUUGAAUUUGGUGAUGCCGGGGGCUCGUCUUCAGCUCCAGCUGAGAUGGUUAAAACUAUAGUAUUGGUUGGGAGAAACGGUAACGGGAAAAGUGCAACGGGGAAUAGUAUACUUGGAAGAAAGGCAUUUAAGUCGAUGUCUAGAAAUAAUGGUGUUACCAAAACCUGUGAGAUGCACACAACUUUACUUGAAAAUGGGCAAAAUCUUGCUGUGAUUGAUACUCCAGGAUUAAUGUUUGAUUGUUCCGCUGAAUCAAAAUAUAUUGGGAAGGAAAUUGCUAAAUGCAUCAAUUUGGCUAAGGAUGGUAUACAUGCUAUUCUUCUUGUUGUGUCAAUUAGGACCGACCGUUCAAGAGAAGAAGAAGCAGCUGUUGUGUUUAUGUUGCAGGCAUUUUUCGGAGCCAAAAUUAUUGAGCAUAUGAUUGUAGUUUUUGUCGGUGGUGAUGAGCUUGAAGAAUGUGAUGAAACUCUUGAUGAUUACUUGAGUCGCGAUUGCCACCAACACUUGAAGGUACAAAUCUCAUUGCGCGUUGUCCAAUAAGAAAUAGUUGCAUGUUUACGUAUUUGAUUUGUUUCUUGUGAACACGGGUUUUAUGAGUUAAACCAUGAUGCUUCUUGUCUUGU